GAUCAAUCCCUCGAUCCAUACUCAUCUCCAGCUCCUGUGUGUCCCUUCACCUCUUCCUUUUAUGUCCUCCUCUUCCUCCUCGCUGUGCUAACGAGACAGACAGAGACGUAAGGUGAGUGUGUGACGUUAAUUAAUGGCUUUGUUUGGUUUCCUGACACUUUUCACAACCUCCAUCUGGCUUGCACGCACAAACGCGCGCACGCACUUGCUCCUGCGGGCUGUCAUCAUUAUAUGAGCAGUGAGUGGAGAGGGAGGAAUAAAAAACAUCAACAAGAAGCAGAGGAAAAAACCCCAGCUGCCACUCAAGCCAUCCUGCUCAUAGUACACGCACAUACACGCACACGCACACUCGACAAUAUGUGCAAGGCCGUAAUUUUCCGCCCCUCUCAGCCAAUGAGAGUACGCAUCUGCUCACAAUGUGAGGGGGAGGAGCAACGGACGCUGCGAGUGAUUGACAGCCAGAACCCUACAGGUGGAGGGGAGGAUGGAGAGAGAGGAGGAGAAGAAGAAAGGCACUGGCAAUGAGACUUUCAUAGAAACACACAGACACACAGAGUGAGUUCCUCCCCUGCUACCUUGGGCUCCUGCUCUCCCAGGCACACGAGCCAGCCCGAGUGCUGCUAACAUCAGCUCCAGAAAAGCUGCAUCAAGAUGAGCCAGUGCAGGAAACGCUGCAAGAGGCAGCUCACCAAGGUGGCUCGAUACCUCUACCGCUUCCUCAUGGGAACGCUCACCCAAGACAGUGUAGAAGAUGACUUUGAGCUCUCCACCGUGUGCCAUCGGCCAGAAAGCAUGGACAAGCUGCAGGAGCAGACAAAGUUCACCAAGAAGGAGCUGCAGGUUCUCUACCGGGGCUUCAAAAAUGAGUGUCCGAGCGGUGUGGUGAAUGAGGAGAACUUUCAGAACAUCUACUCCCAGUUCUUUCCUCAGGGAGAUUCAAGUACGUACGCACACUUCCUGUUUGAAGCCUUUGACACUGACAAGAACGGCUCAGUUAGUUUUGAGGACUUUGUAUUUGGCCUGUCUAUCAUCCUGAGAGGGACAAUUAACGACCGCUUAAACUGGGCGUUUAACCUCUACGACCUUAACAAGGAUGGCUGCAUCACCAAAGACGAGAUGCUGGACAUCAUGAAGUCCAUCUACGACAUGAUGGGGAAGUACACGUAUCCCACGAUGCAGGAUGAUGCCCCCAGAGAGCAUGUAGAAAGCUUCUUCCAGAAAAUGGACCGAAAUAAAGAUGGAGUGGUUACUAUAGAGGAGUUCAUUGAGUCGUGUAAAAAGGAUGAGAACAUCAUGCAGUCCAUGCAGCUGUUUGACAAUGUCAUCUAAGGACCGGGAAGGGUGCUUGGUCCCAGGUUUGGGGGGGUUUAAAUGAAUCAGGGUUGAAAGAGAGAGCGUGUGUGCGCGCGUGUGAAUGUGUAGUUCCUCUAGAUGGGAAGCAAGUCCUCUCCUCGUCGGGCAGUGUGGAGGAACUCGGGGAAAAGAAGGCAAGCAGCGGGCUCACCGACACUACCACAAACCCAAAACCUCACCGUCAACUUCUUCUUUUCCUACUUUUUUUUCUUCUUCCUGGUCGAAUGGUGGCACUUCAAGUGAGGAUGCUGGCCCCCCAAAACCUCAUCACUUGGACGCUGAUCCUGACUUUGUGCAUGUUGAGCCGCUGUGAAACAGAAACGAAUGUGACGCACACACUCCGGGCGAGAGGAAGUGCAACAUUCCUGGGAGAUUGCAGGGUGUCUCGAAGAUCAAAAGGCUGGAACUCGAUCGGAACUGAUUUCAAUACCGCAUGAUGAUGUCACUUAUAUCCGACGAUGACGUUAUUUACACAGACGUUCCAAAGCUUGUCCGUCUGCUGAUUCCCGGUCAUCCACGGGUGCCUCAACCCCAUGUGCAACAGGAAUGACCGUGCCCUCUCCAUCUUGCCUAUUCGGGGGAUUCGACUGGGAACAACACCCUUCUCUAUUCAUGGAAUUCUGCUAAAAUGAGUUCUGGCCUUCCAAACUAUUUCCGUCUUAGCUGUAGGUGUCUGCUCACUAUCACGCACCAUAGUUGACAGACCGCCCCAGUGGUUCUAGCCUUUAAUGCAACAUUUGUGGGAAAUUUAAUAGACUGCAGGCUGUGUUUGUGAACUUGUGAUCAGAUGAGUCACGUGAUUAUAGCAGGGUCUUAAAAAAAGACCAUUUAAUUAGCAGGUUUUCAGAGUGUGAGGCAGACCAGAGGACUUCAAAGGAGGCACAGCAGCUUGUGAAAAAUAAACAAAGGACUAUACAGUGGAACCUCUAGUCAAACGCCACAAAAGUAGUAUGUUUGGAGUUCACGCAAAAGAAAAAAUGGAGAAAUAUGCCUGAAACAUCAACAAAACCAUCAUCAUGCAUGUCAGCAAAGAAAGUCUUGUUCUUUUGCUUUUAUUUGACCUAUAAACUUCAUUGCAGGAAUAUAUUUGAAAUGCCACGAAUUGACAGUGUCACUUUGCAAACACAUUCCUGUUUCCUCUCUGUUUGUCAGGGGUCUACAAAGGGUGAGUACUUUGUUUUUUAUUUUAUUUCACAGAUGUUAACUUUAUAUUUGUAUGACAGUUAAGAAUGUUCAAAUUCUAGUAAUAAUGUUGUUUGUACAGUUAAGAGUUUAUGAUGCAAAAAAAAUGAUCCUGGAACAGAUGAAUUUACUUUACCUAAUUAUAAAUAAAGUGCAUCUAUCUUUCAUUAUUUACCAAGAAAAUGUAUUUUUUUUUAAUGGAGGUUCCACCGUAUGUCCCUUAAACUUGUUUGUAUGUUAAAGGCCAAUUAGAUGAAAUUCACUGUCCCACACUUUGAAAACCCUUUAAUUAGGCCACAUUGUGAUUUUAAAAAUAAUAAUAAUAAUAAUAAAAUGUAUGUUUAAUUAGUGAGCGAGAGAAAAACCUCAAUAUUAUUAUUAGCACCAUCACCUCCUCCCCCUUGCCCCUAUUUUCUCUGGAACACCAAAGAAAACAUUCAUUUUGCCUACAUCUGUGCAGGAAGGAAGACAAUGUCAGUAAUUGACAAGGACCAAUCAGAGACAUAAGAGGGUAUGUGAUCUACCUGGUAACCCCCCCUAAUUUUAAAAAAUAUAAUACAUCCAAGUGCAAGAAAAAGUGGUGUAUGAAUAGAGACAGCAAUAAUCACUUCUGUGAGAGAAACACAGUGGAAUCCUUAUAUGCACAUUCUCACAUAAAUUUGUUUAUAUUCCCACCAGUGGUUUGGCUCUGAUUGGCCCUUGCCACUUGUCAGCUCCCACAAGUCAAACAUGUCCAUUCCUCGCAUGUACUGGUACUUUGUCUAGAAUAAUAAAAUCUACUAAUCUCUUGUACCCACUUUCGUUAGCAAGUCUCUAAAUAGUUACUUAUUCUAAAUAUGUAUAUUUUGUACAGACAAUAAAAUUCACAGUUACUAUGCAAACUGGAUUCCUGUUGUUUUCAGACUGUACAUUUUAUUGAAAUAAUACAAGGAAGAACGCAACAUCAAUCCAUAAUUUAUUACUUUGUCAGCAAGAAGCGGUUCAUAAUUUAAAUAUACCUUUUAUACAGUCAUAAUUUCGAGAGCUGCAUCUUGUUCACUAAAUAGGCAGUUGAAUGGUGGAGACAAAUAUAACUUGCUCUGUAAUUACAUUCAUAAGUAAAAGUGGGUUCAUAAAGAGAAAUUUAGUCUUAAAAGCAGCCUUUCAAGCUACAAAAUGUGAAAUUAUACCGCUGUGACAAUAAAUGCUGUUUGAUACCUUAUUUCCUCAAAUAGAGG